AUGAAAAUUGAAACACAUCAAGUUGUGAAAGGGUUUAUAUUCUGCUUAACUACCGCUGUUGGCCUUUCUGGAAACGUACUGAUCAUAUUAUCACUGGCUAACAUUGCUCACCAAGAAAAGAAAAUGGUGCCUACAGAUGUCAUACUUUCCAUUCUGGUGGGAGCUAACUUAACACUUCUGCUCACCUUAGGACUCCCUCAUUCUCUCUUUGUGUUUGGAGUGAAAUAUUUCUAUGCUGACCUUGACUGUAAGUUUAAUGGACUUUUAAUGAGAGCAUCUAGGGUAAUGACCAUUGGUUUAACCUGUUUAUUGAGUUGUUAUCAGGGCGCAACACUGGCCUCUUCUAACCCCAUGUGGGCUGUUGUUAAAGUAAAACUGCAGAAUUACCUUAUAUCUAUCAUAAUUCUUCUUCUUAUUCUUAGUAUUAUAUCUAGCCUAAGUUCAGGACUGUAUCCUGUUGUUAGUGCAAACAUGACUACUCUGAAACAUGCUUUCAAUAUGGGAUACUGCAUUUCAAUUUAUCCAAGUAAAUUUCUGUUUGAGCUCAUUGGAUUUGUCGCCUUCGCUCGAGAUGCAGUUUUUGUAAUCCUGAUGGCUCUGUCCAGUGUAUUUAUUAUUUUCAUUUUGCGUAAGCAUGCAAAGCAGAUGAAAGGGAAGAGAAGGUCCGAUCGAACCCAAGAAACCACUGCAGAACAACAAGCGUCUAAAAUGAUUGUUACUUUUGUUACCAUAUAUGUGUUACUUUUUGGAAUAGAGAAUAUAAUCUGGUUUUGCCAGGUUUCCAUUGAUAGUGAAAACCUUGCAGCUUUAAAUGACACUCGUGUUUUCCUAGCAUUUUGUUUCUCCACUCUCUUUCCUUUUGUGUUAAUUGCAUUCAACAAGAAAGUUAAAAGUAAUUUGAAAUGCUUAGUGAUUAACUGCUGUAAAGGUCAUUUGUCAUAUUCAGCACACUAA